UCGAAAGCAUCCUGGUGUUAGCAGCUAGCAGCUAACAAAACAAUAAGUGAGCUGUAAAUAUCUGUAACAUGGACGAAUCAUGAACUUGACCCUAGUGGAGACAAAGACGACAAGGAGCUACCCAAACUGGACUUUUACCAACAUGGUGUGAUAGCUGAUAAACGAAGAGGCCAUUUAAUACAGCUAACUCAAACAUUAGCGUUAACGACAGCUAACGUUUAAAGUUUGACGGGCAACAGGAGCGUAUUCGUUAGCUAACUGCUAGUUUGUCUGUCUGUUAGUAACAAUACCAGCUGGAUAGGUAACAUGUCGUGUUAUUGUAGCAGUUAUAUUGACUAACGCGCACUGACUAUAUAACGCGUCGUGUCUGUAAAAUUAGCGUUAACGUUAAAACUGAGUAACGUUAGGUGAGUUAGUGAAUGAAUACUAAUGCUAACGUUAGCCACUUAAACUUCAGUUCAGUGUAACAUAUAUGUGACAUUAUUACUCAAAAUCAGUAUUGAAUGUCUCUCAUAGAUAGUUGUUGAAUAAAGCGAAUAAUAGCUGAAGUCAGUGAGCAGCUGGUAUCUGAUAGCUACAAGUCUGUUUUUCGGAUUGAUUUCAGCCAAUCACAUGAGAUAAAUAAUGCGAAAAACCAGGAUGUCAAUCGUAUUUGGAUUAAUGUCAGGGCAGCGGUAUUGUGUAGGAAACACAUCUGUCCGGUCAUUCCCAUAAUCCCUGUUUUCUCCGUAAUGCAGUCACUGUAGAUUUUGUGUUUUUAAUUGCUCGGAGUGUUAGUGUAGCAUAUUUAUAAAUACCAAAACAUUUGGGAACUCAGUUCAUCUUCGACAGUCCACUUUUCUGUAAGUUAUGCCUGGGGACGCUUCUGAUAGUAGUGAUGACUCCGAUGCAAAAACAAAUGAAACCGCUUGUACCGUCAAGCAUCAAAUCACCAAUGCUAACCUCACAGGACACACUGAGAGGGUCGGCAUGGAGAACUUUGAGCUGCUCAAAGUCUUGGGCACUGGAGCUUAUGGAAAAGUGUUUCUGGUCAGGAAGAACAGCGGCCACGAUGCAGGCCAGCUAUAUGCUAUGAAGGUGCUGAAGAAAGCAGCUAUUGUUCAAAAGGCAAAGACAACAGAGCACACUCGCACGGAGAGGCAGGUGCUGGAGCACAUCCGCCAGUCUCCCUUCCUGGUCACGCUCCAUUAUGCCUUUCAGACGCAGAGCAAGCUGCAUCUCAUCCUGGACUAUGUGAGCGGCGGGGAGAUGUUCACUCAUUUGUAUCAGCGGGAUCACUUUCCAGAGGAGGCUGUGCGGAUUUAUAUUGGGGAAAUAAUCCUGGCCCUGGAGCACCUGCACAAGCUUGGGAUUGUGUACCGAGACAUCAAGUUGGAAAAUAUUCUUCUCGACCAUGAAGGACAUGUGGUAUUGACUGAUUUCGGGCUCAGCAAAGAGUUUCUGGUUGAAGAGAAGGAAAGGACCUACUCUUUCUGUGGCACUAUUGAGUACAUGGCACCUGAAAUCAUCAGGGGGAAGUCAGGACAUGGCAAGUCGGUAGAUUGGUGGAGCCUUGGCAUCCUGAUGUUUGAGCUGCUGACGGGAGCUUCUCCUUUUACGCUGGAGGGAGAGAGGAACUCCCAGAGCGAGGUGUCAAAACGUAUUUUGCGCUGUGAUCCGCCGUUCCCCUCUAUGAUUGGACACACUGCUCAGGAUCUGCUGAAGAAGUUGUUGGUGAAAGAUCCCCACAAGAGGCUGGGCUCAGGACCACGAGGGGCUGAAGACAUCAAAGCACAUGCCUUCUUCAAGGGACUAAACUGGGAUGAUCUAGCCCAGAAGAAGGUGCAGAGUCCAUUCAAGCCAGAGCUGAAGAGUGAACUUGACGUGGGGAACUUUGCUGAGGAGUUCACAGGGAUGGAACCAGUCUACUCUCCUGCCAGCACGCCCCCAAGCACAGACCGCCUGUUCCAGGGCUACUCGUUUAUUGCUCCCUCCAUCCUGUUCAAUACGAACGCCGUCAUGGGUGACCUUGUACAGUCCCAGAUUCAUGCUGAGCGACCAGGUUCGGCCUCUGUCCAACGCAGUGCAAUGUUAGAGGAAUCCCAGUUUUUUCAGCACUAUGAGCUGUGUCUCCACGGGCCACCCUUAGGAGAGGGUAGUUUCUCUGUGUGCAGGAAAUGUCGACACAAGCAAAGUGGCCACGAGUUUGCAGUCAAGAUCGUCAGCCGCAGAAUGGAGGUAAACACCCAGAGGGAGAUUGCUGCUUUGAGGCAAUGUGAGUCUCACCCAAACAUCGUGAAGCUGCAUGACGUCUAUACUGAUCAGUUCCACACAUAUUUAGUGAUGGAGCUUCUGCGAGGUGGGGAGCUGCUCGAGAGGAUCAAGAAGAAGAAACUGUUUGGCGAGGCAGAGGCCAGUCAGCUGUUACAGAGCCUGGUCUCAGCUGUCAGCUUCAUGCACGAAGCCGGAGUUGUGCACAGAGACCUCAAACCGGAGAACGUGCUGUUUUCAGACGAGGGAGAGAACUCUGUGCUGAAAGUUAUAGAUUUUGGAUUCGCCCGUCUGUGCCCUGCAGGCAGCGCCCCCCUGCAGACCCCUUGCUUCACGCUGCAGUACGCUGCACCGGAACUUUUUGAGAGCGCAGGAUACGACAAGGCCUGUGACCUCUGGAGUCUCGGGGUUAUCCUGUACACCAUGCUGUCAGGCCAGGUGCCAUUUCAGAGCGAGCAGCUGGGUAUGACCUCAUCGUAUGCUGCCGACAUCAUGCAAAAGAUAAAAGAGGGAGAUUUCUCACUGGAUGGGGAGGCUUGGAAGGGUGUGUCAGAGGAUGCAAAAGAACUUGUGAAAGGCCUGCUGACAGUGGAUCCAGAGAUGCGUCUCAAACUCUCUGAUUUGAAAGAGAACAGCUGGCUGCAGGGUGGAGCAUCCAUGUCCACCACUCCUUUGUGCACUCCAGAUGUGCUGGAGUCCAGUGGGCCCACCGUCCGCACUUAUGUCAACGCCACCUACAAGGCUUUCAACCGCGGUAAGAGAGAGGGCUUCUUUCUGAAAAGCGUCGACAACGCCCCCCUCGCGAAACGACGAAAGCUAAAGAUGACGAGCACGGGAGUAGAGACCCGAUGGAGUUCAUCCUCUUCCUCAUCUUCUUCUUCCACUUCCUCCGCCUCUGCAACCCCAUCCAAAGCACAGCCAAAGCAAACUGUGACCCCAAAGCAGAGCUAGCCUGAAUGGCAGGGCAGAGGAAAGUAGGGAAAUGAAGUGGUAUGCGCUUAAACUGGCAGCAAGACAUCUUUCAGCUGUCACCCAGAUCCAAACCCCCCCCCCC